AUGGCUUCCAUGCAGGACCUGCCUAAUGAGCUCAUCCUGAUGGCGGUAGCUGAAGUGCCGCUAUCCACCUUCGCCGCUCUACGACAGACCUGCAAACGGUUCAACGAAGUCACGAUGGGGACGUUUGGGAAGAGAUUCUUUCACACACGUAAUAUCAUGCUCCAUGAGAAAAGUGUGCAGAAUCUCGUGUCCAUCGCGAACCAUCCUGUCUUCGCUUCCUGUGUUCGAAAGGUUGGCUUCGCACCCAGCUUCGUGAGAGGUAACUGGCUCGGAGUUGAGGAAGAAUGCGAAGCCCGCUUGAACUUUGGAGUGAAGGAGAUAAGGACUAUCUUGAGUUGCGAACUACGAAAGCUAGUUGGUUUAUCCGAUAUUUGA